CAGCCGCGGUCCGCUCGCGCACAGCUCCCUCCCGCCCCGCAUUCCUUGCUGGGCUCCUGGCUGUCGCCUUCUUUGCCGCCAACCCAUCCCGGACUAGGUAGGCUCAGCGCCUGGCGGUCGCCCCAGCCUCUUGGCACUUGAGACCCUGCGCUCUGGGCUUACGCCGAGACUCCGCCAUCCCCGCCGCCGCCGCCGCCGCCGCCAACACGGGUGCCACGCGCCGCCGUUUUCGCCGCGCCGCCUCCACAACCGCUGCUGCCCGCCCGCCGGCCACCAUGGCCCCACAGCAAACAGGUAGCAGGAAGAGGAAAGCGUCCGCGCUCGAGGCUGGCGCGGGGAGCUCGUCGUCCCAGGGCUUAAUGUCGGCGGGGCACGGAGAGGGGCCGCUGCUGCCCAAGAAGCAGAAGCGGCCAGCUACACUUCGAUCUCUGGUGCACUACCUAAAGGGCCGCACGGUGGGCGCGUUGGGUCGCGCCUGGCUCCCGGGCUUCGAGGGCAAGCUACGUGGCUACGCGGUGCAGAGGCUGCCCGAGCUGCUGACUGAGCGCUUGCUGGCCCUGGGCACCCUCAACAAGGUUUUCGCUUCUCAGUGGCUGAACGCCACGCAGGUGGUGUGUGGCACCAAGUGUAACACACUCUUUGUGGUAGACGUGCAGUCGGGCCAAAUCAAUCGCAUCCCCCUGAUGCGGGACCGAAUGCCCGCCCUGGCGCGUGAUCAGCCUACCUGCGGUAUUCAUGCCAUUGAACUAAAUCCCUCCAAGACGCUUCUGGCCACCGGGGGCGAAAAUCCCAACAGCCUUGCUGUCUACCAGCUGCCCACCUUGGACCCCGUUUGCCUGGGUGACCGCCACGGGCACAGGGACUGGAUCUUCGCCAUCGCCUGGAUGAGUGACACUGUGGCCGUGAGUGGCUCCCGUGAUGGCACCAUGGCAUUGUGGCGUGUGGACCCUGACAUGUUUAUUGGCAACAUUCCCUGGCACAACGAUGCAGCACUUCCCUUGUACACCCACAUCCGCCCAAAGGACGUAGAGGCCAUCCCCAGGGCCAGCAGCAAUCCCAGUAACCGCAAAGUGCGGGCCCUGGCCUUCAGCGGCAAGAACCAGGAGCUGGGAGCAGUGUCCCUGGAUGGCUACUUCCACCUGUGGAAAGCGCGGAGCACCCUAUCCAGGCUGCUGUCCAUCAGGCUGCCUUACUGCCGAGAGAACGUGUGCCUGACCUACUGCGAUGAAUUGUCCCUGUAUGCGGUGGGCUCCCAGUCUCAUGUAUCUUUCCUGGAUCCCCGCCACCGCCAGCAAAACAUCCGGCCAUUGUGCUCCAGAGAGGGCGGCACAGGUGUGCGCUCCUUGAGCUUCUACCAGCACAUAGUCACUGUGGGCACAGGCCAUGGCUCCCUGCUCUUCUAUGACAUUCGUGCCCAGAAGUUCCUGGAAGAAAGGUCCUCAGCCAGCUCGGACUCCUUUCUGGGACCCACAGGGAGGAAGCUCAAACUCACCUGUGGCAGAGGUUGGCUCAACCACGAUGAACUCUGGGUGAAUUACUUUGGUGGGGUGGAGGAGUUCCCCAAUGCACUCUACACUCACUGCUACAACUGGCCUGAGAUGAAGCUCUUUGUGGCUGGGGGACCUCUCCCUUCGGGCCUCCAUGGGCACUAUGCAGGCCUCUGGAGUUAAGAAUGAUCAACUUGUCCUCAAAAUGGGCAUAUGCACAUUUGAGCUCUGUUUAACUUUCUUCACUUUGUGUUUGUCCUUGUAACUCUGCCCUUUGUCUUCCAGGUGGAACUGACUCAACUUACCUGUGCUUGGUGCAUUAGGCAGAGAAAAAGAGCACAAAAUUGGUGGUUUUUGCAAUCACAAUUUGGCUUGAAGACUUUGCUGCACCUUCCCCAAAGCACUACAUUUUUUCUUUCUCAUACAAAGAAUUGUAGGUUAAACUUUAUUGUGUUCUCUCUUUGAGUGAUUCACAUAUUUUUCUUCAGGCUAAUGUCAUUGUUCUCACUACUAUUUGGUACUUUAGUUUUACCAAUAUUUCAAUAAUAUAUUGAGACCUUUACAAAUUUCAGAUGUAUAGUAUUUGGGGUAAAUAUGGGCUAAAACUGUGUCUUUGGGGCUGGCCUAAGGAGCUACACAUUAUAGACUUACUCCAAUUGGAAAAUGCAGUUCAAGUUCUAGAUUGCCCCCAUUGUGAGCAUAUUUCAUUGGAAUGUUGUUAACUCAGUAUUUGUUGAUUUUAUUUCAUUGACACCUAUAAAGUUUUUUAAAAUAUAUUAUCUUAGUUAAGGAAUAUUACAGUACUGUUCAGAAUUAAUCAAAAAUUUUGAGUACUCAUGAAAAGUUGAGCAUCACUACCCCAGACCCUCAGACUUCAUUAAAAGCUGCUGCAUUUCUGCUUACUUUCCUGGGUAGCAUUUAUAUUACGGUUUUUCAGAGCUGCUCAAAACUGGCUUAUAUGUGACAGGACAAUCAACAUUUCAGAAAGUAAACCCUUCUGUAGUAUUCAGGUAACACCAUCCAAGUAGCCAUUUACAGUGAAAAACCAGCAGAUGUUCUCAGAGUAGGUGUUUACAUUUUUGUGUUAAAUACAUGGAUGAUUCUUUUAUCU